UUCUACCAACCUCACCUUUUUUCAAGUCCCAUGUGCACAUUACACUCAUUGAAACCACCAACCAAGAAGCAUUGAAACUUGAAAGACACAAGAGUGAGAGAAGGAAAAAUAGCAGAAGAAGAUCAUGGCUGAUUGGGGGCCAGUUUUUGUGUCUGUGGUGCUCUUCAUUCUCUUGACUCCAGGGUUGCUGAUCCAGAUUCCUGGUAAAGGCAAGAUGGUAGAGUUUGGCAACUUUCAGACAAGUGGAGUGUCGAUAUUGGUUCACUCCAUCCUCUACUUUGCUCUCGUUUGCAUCUUCUUGAUGGCUAUUGGAGUACACAUGUACACUGGUUCCUGAUCCCAUACCAUCUUUUGUAUACACAUACAAACACAUUAUUUAUAAUUCAUUUCUUCUUGGUUUAAAUUGUGGGGUUUAUUUAUUUUGGUAAAAACAAAAUCCUGUGCAUUCAUAUGCCUGUGAGGGAAUGACAAACAUUUUAGUUUUCAGCGUAUCUGUCAAGUAAAACAUCAUGGUCUGUUUGUUCCAAUGAUUCUAAUAUUUGUUACUAGGAAUAGGAGUGUUACAAAAGGGUUGAGACUUUACACUUCAGUGUUUGUAUAUGUCAUUACGUAUUGGCUUCUUCGAUGUAUUUUAAUUUAUGAUACUACUAAUAAGCAUUUAGAUGCCAACAUUUUAGGUCAGAUUCCCUUAUAUGUCAUAAUAAGGUUUUCAUUAUUGUGAACAAAAAGAUUUAUA